AUGUUUGUGCUUUUUAUAAGCAUUUCUGGACAAGCAUGCUGUAUUGAUGUGGGAACAUCAGACACAGUUAUGCCAAAGUCAAAUGUGGGAGACCGGAAUUUCACUAUCAUCGAAUCAACUGAAAGCACUCCCAUAAAUCAAUGUCCAUGCACCAACAAUAAUAUCUGGAUAGAUGUGUAUUUUCUCAUCGACUCAUCUCGAGCUAUGACUGCUAAUGGAUUCGAUGAGGCCACCUCCUUUGCCGAAGCCGUGCUGUAUAAAUUGAACAUUGGACAGGCGGACGGCCAAAGAACUCGCGCAGGCUUCAUCUCUUACUUUGCCGAUGCGAGUAAGAACUACGAUUUAACCGCCUUUAAAUCAUCCAACGACAUGAUCGAUAGAGCUGAUUUUACCUACAAUGGCAGCAGAGGGACAAAUAUCGAGUCUGCCAUUAAAUUAGCUGCAGAAAGUUUCGAAACAUCAUCGCAUCGAAGCAACGUACAGAAAGUCAUCGUAAUUAUUGGUUCAGCUUAUGAAAACGGAAACUACAAUGACCCAACUAAAGUCGCCAAAUCAUUCACUCAAGACGGUGGUUUCAUUAUCACCGUAGUUAACUGCUUUUGUCCCACAAAUUAUCUGCCCUUUAUGCAAGGUGACGUUAGACCAACUGGUGGCUGCUAUAAAGCCUUUUCCGAUUCUGCUAUCCAGACUCUUGCUGCCAAGAACUGUCGACAGUAUCACGAUGCCUAUCUCGUAAAAGUUGAAAGCAGAGCGAAAUCACAAUUUCUGAGCGCAGUGUUUCCGUCAAAAACUAAAUUCUGGAUUGGUUUGAAAUACCUCGCCGCUACCGGUCUCUAUCAAUGGUCCGAUGGAACAUAUCUCGGGUCUUCUGAUUUCCAAAUGUGGGCUCCAGGAUAUCCUAAUGCUAACGCCGGCUAUUGCGUCUACAUGUACCAGUAUACCGAAUUUAGGCUACUGUCUGGUGAGCUUCGCUUAGGUGGUCGAGUGCGAAACGGGAAAGCUUUUGUAAAGAACUUGCUUCCACAGCACCAAUCGCGUAAAGAGGCGCCGCACAUCUGCCAAAACUAUCAAUGA